AUGGCUCGGUCUCCCGGGCGUCUCGGCUCUCUGUUCUUUCUCGGCGUUUUCGUUACAGGUACUCGAUGCGUUGCAUCGCACUCUGAUCUUCCCCCCAUCUGUUCGUUCUAGUUCAGGUUUUUGCCGGAAAUUGAUUUGUGGAUGAAUGCCGACUUACCGGUUCAUGUUCCCUCUGUAUGGUGAUUUAUUUACUUCUAGUGUGGGAGCAGUUUGUUCUUUCCCCCUGCAUCUGUUCUUUCCUGUAGUGCAGUUCAUUCAUUUUGAUUAUCUGGUGCGAGAUCUCUAGAACUCACCCGUUAAGACAUACAUCUAGGAGAAUAUUAUGAAAGCAAAACUAAUCGACUGCAGGAUAUUAUGUAUAGUUGUUUGAAAAACGGAGAUAUGUUUCUGUUUUCACCUGUUUACUCCCUCCUCUCUGCACCGAUGCUUAGUUGCCGUCUAAGACUGAACAUAUCUUGGUUGUGUGAAUGAACCGCUUUGAAAAUCACCUUCAUGAGAAUAACCUAGGCCACGUAUCAAUUCAAGUAAGAGGCGGAAAGAGCUCCAUAAGACCCUGAACCACGAAAUAUUGUGUAUCGGGUUUGUUGUUCAUUGCUCAGCUGAAUCUCCGCAAGAUGACUCUGGACUUCAGAUUGUAGGAUACGAACUUUGCUUUGAUUAACAGGCAAAUUAGGACAGCGAAGUAUAUUUUUGGUUAUCUUCCCAGUAAGCAAUGCCUACCAAAGUACGUCAACUAACGGUCACGAGUUAGCUGUGACCACCAUUUAAUCUAUUACGACUUGUCGAAAUGAUAUUUUGUCUUUAAUUCUGUAACAAUUUGGCGUGAGAUACUAUCAUACUAUGGAGCAAAACAUAGGAGAUGCUCUCUCUUUUGGCAUUGUUUCUGUCAAUGUAUGCAGCUCGAGACUGGAAGAGUCGAUUGAACUGUUAUUUUUUCCGCAGGCUGUUUAUUUGCAUUUUCAGCGGCAAAAGAGGAAGGUUCCAAAUUGGGAACCGUUAUUGGCAUUGACCUCGGUACAACUUAUUCUUGUGUUGGAGUUUAUAAGAACGGUCAUGUGGAGAUUAUAGCCAAUGACCAGGGAAACCGUAUCACUCCUUCGUGGGUGGCCUUCACUGAUAAUGAAAGACUAAUCGGGGAGGCUGCAAAGAACCAGGCACCUGUCAACCCUGAAAGAACGAUAUUUGAUGUCAAGAGGCUUAUCGGAAGAAAGUGAGAUGCAUUUUCACUCCUUAAAAUUUUCGACACAGUAAGAGAGAUACCCGUUGACUGAUUUCUGAUUAUGACUUUUCAGCUUUGUGGACAAAGAAGUACAGAAAGACAUUAAGCUUUUCCCAUACAAGAUUGUGGACAAGGACGGGAAACCUUAUAUCCAAGUCCAGAUCAAGGACGGGGAGACGAAGGUCUUCAGUCCAGAGGAGAUCAGCGCUAUGGUUUUAACCAAAAUGAAGGAGACAGCGGAAGCGUUCCUUGGAAAGAAGAUUAAGGAUGCUGUUGUUACUGUCCCUGGUAAGAAAAAAAAAAAACAGGUUGCUUGCAUCUGUUCACGUUCCACUUUUGAUUGUACUAAGAUGAUUUCCUUUCCAUCUUCUCCAGCGUACUUCAAUGAUGCUCAGAGACAGGCUACCAAGGACGCUGGCGUGAUCGCCGGUCUCAAUGUUGCCAGAAUAAUCAACGAACCAACCGCCGCCGCCAUUGCCUACGGUCUGGAUAAGAAGGGUGGCGAGAAGAAUAUACUUGUCUUUGACCUCGGUGGUGGGACGUUCGACGUCAGCAUUCUGACCAUCGAUAAUGGAGUUUUUGAGGUCCUUGCCACAAAUGGUGAUACCCAUCUCGGAGGUACCGUCUAAAUUGCGAUUAAUCUCCUGGAACAAGCAUUGUUUCCUUCGUGUUCUACCUUCAAUUCUUGCUGAAGUGUAAUCUCGUGGGUCAGGUGAGGAUUUUGAUCAGAGAAUCAUGGAGUACUUCAUCAAACUGAUAAAGAAGAAGCACGGGAAGGACAUCAGCAAGGACAACCGCGCCCUCGGGAAGCUGAGGAGGGAGGCUGAACGCGCCAAGAGGGCCCUGAGCAACCAGCACCAAGUCCGAGUGGAGAUAGAGUCGUUGUACGAGGGCUUGGACUUCUCGGAGCCGUUGACCCGCGCCCGUUUCGAGGAACUGAACAACGAUCUCUUCAGAAAGACUAUGGGCCCCGUGAAGAAAGCCAUGGAGGACGCCGGCCUGGAGAAGAACCAGAUAGAUGAGAUCGUCCUCGUCGGCGGGAGCACCCGGAUCCCCAAGGUACAGCAGCUCCUCAAGGAGUACUUCGACGGUAAGGAGCCCAACAAAGGCGUGAACCCGGAUGAGGCCGUCGCCUAUGGCGCGGCUGUCCAAGGAAGCAUCUUGAGCGGAGAGGGCGGCGAAGAAACCAAAGGUGCCCAUCUACAAUCAUCCAUCUUAUUAGUUCUAUUUCUGGAAAAAAUGAUUGAGAUGAGCUUGAAAUGGAUGAUCCGCCCAGAUCUCUGAACCUUUUCUUUCUUUAUUUCUUGUAUGAAAAAUGUGCAUCUCAGAUGUUCUCCUCUUGGACGUGGCGCCCCUCACGCUCGGCAUCGAGACCGUCGGGGGGGUGAUGACCAAGCUGAUCCCCAGGAACACCGUCAUCCCCACCAAGAAGUCUCAGAUCUUCACGACCUAUCAGGAUCAGCAGACCGCCGUCUCCAUCCAGGUACUUCCCACUUUUACCACCCCUCCCCCCCAAGGUCAACCCUUAUCAUCAUCCACCACCGGGGGUUUGACUUUCCUCUUAUCAGGUCUUCGAGGGCGAGAGGAGCAUGACCAAGGACUGCCGGUCUCUCGGAAGAUUCGAGCUCUCCGGAAUCCCCCCCGCUCCUAGGUCCCACCCCCCACCACCACUACCACCCAUCACCGGCGACAAAAAAGUCAACGAUCAACCAUCCUUAAUCGUUCAUUCUCGGUCUUCUUCUCCAGGGGGACAGCUCAGAUCGAGGUGACCUUCGAGGUGGACGCCAACGGCAUCCUGAACGUGAAGGCGGAGGACAAAGGAACCGGGCGCUCCGAGAAGAUCACCAUCACCAACGACAAGGGGCGGCUGAGCCAGGAGGAGAUCGAGCGGAUGGUGAAGGAGGCAGAGGAGUUCGCAGAGGAGGACAAGAAGAUCAAGGAGAGGAUCGACGCCCGCAACAGCCUGGAGGCGUACGUGUACAACAUGAAGAACACCGUCGGCGACAAGGACAAGCUCGCGGAGAAGAUCGAACCAGAGGAGAAGGAGAAGGUGGAGGCGGCCCUGAAAGAGGCCCUCGAGUGGCUCGAUGACAACCAGAGCGCCGAGAAGGAGGACUUCGCUGAGAAGCUCAAGGAGGUGGAGUCUGUCUGCAACCCCAUCAUCUCCGCCGUCUACCAGCGCACCGGCGGCGGACCCGGCGCCGGCGCAGGCGACGACGACGAGGACGAUACCCACGACGAGCUGUAG